AUGGUCGGCAACGGAGGCAGCCGUCGAAAGGAAGACGCUAGACAUAGCGAUUCUAGUGAUGAUGAUGAUGACGACGACGAAGACCAAGAGCCGGAAGGACCGCCGCAGAAGUUUGUGCUGGCCGGGGACGAUACGGGCAGCGGCAUCGAAUACAACAUCCUAGACCCAGAGUCUUGGCAGAAGCUGGAGCACUAUUGUAAGAAAUGGGGCAUCAAGCAAGCGCACCUCGAGUCGAUCUACUCUCGGUUCGCCCGCACUAUCAUCAGGACGGAGCACCUGGAUUUCACGCUCAAGCCCCAGUACCACGCAAGUCUGGAUUUCCUGGCGGACGAGUUCAUGACGACAGCAGGGGAGUUCGCCGCUCAGAUCUUCAUCCAGACGUGGUUCUUGCGCCGCAAGCGAGGGCUAGCACCGCCGCAGGAUCGGCGGUGUGUCGACUUCACUCGGCUGGUCAUCAUGUGCUCCGAUCUGGCACGCCUGGGGGACUACGAGCUGUUGAUCAACCUGUGGGCAUGCGUCUUACACAGGUUCAGCGGCAUUCUACCCACUGGCACGGUCGACUUGGACACGCGUGUCAACGUCGAGCUGGUUAGGGAAGUGAUCACUGUGCUGCACACGGCCCUCGAUAAGAAGCUCGACCUCUUGAUCGGCAUGCUCCUGGAAGAGUCCGAAGAAGUCGAAAUACAGGGGGACGUUGCGAGCACGCGAGGACUUUCCAGCACCAGCAGCGGCGGCGGCGGCGGCGGCGGCGGCGGUACAACAAGGACAGGGGAGGAGGGGCAACGCAAAAUCAUCCACAAGAGCAACGGGGAGGAGGCGGAGGGGGCGCCGUCGCAAGCGCAGCGGCGAAGAUACCUGACGCUCCGGAGCAUCCUCCGUUUUAGCUUCCAGCACCCCCCCCUGAUGUUCCCAGUUGUGCAGUUCCAGCGAGUGCUCAGGUGUAAAAUCAUCGGUGAGGAGGGGAAGGAGGGUGGGGGGGUAAAGUGCUCGUCUCUUUUGCUUCAUUGA